AUGACCACGGGCGCCUGGAUCUUCACUGGAGGCGUCAGUACGGGGGUGAUCCGCCACGUCGGAGACGCUCUGAAGGAUCAUUCUUCCAAGUCCAGAGGACGCAUCUGUGCCAUAGGGAUUGCCCCCUGGGGCAUCGUGGAAAAUAAGGAGGACCUCAUUGGGAGAGACGUGACAAAGGUUUAUCAAACCAUGUCAAAUCCACUAAGCAAACUCUCUGUGCUCAACAGUUCUCAUACGCACUUUAUCCUCGCCGACAACGGCACCCUCGGCAAGUACGGGGCGGAAGUCAAACUGCGGCGCCAGCUGGAGAAGCACAUCUCCCUCCAGAAAAUCAACACCCGGCUCGGGCAGGGUGUGCCGGUGGUCGGACUGAUUGUCGAAGGGGGCCCCAACGUCAUAUCGAUAGUCUUGGAAUGCCUCCGCGAGGAGCCCCCUCUUCCUGUGGUGAUCUGUGACGGCAGUGGGCGGGCGUCGGACAUCUUGUCCUUCGCGCACAAGUAUUCGGAAGAAGGAGGCAUCAUCAGCGAGUCUCUGCGGGAUCAACUCCUGGUCACCAUUCAGAAGACCUUCAACUACAACCGGAACCAGGCCCACCAGCUCUUCGUCGUCCUUAUGGAGUGCAUGAGGAAAAAGGAGCUCAUCACCGUGUUCCGCAUGGGUUCUGAGGGGCAGCAGGAUAUUGAGAUGUCCAUCCUGACAGCGCUGCUGAAAGGCACCAACGCCUCUGCGCCGGAUCAGCUGAGCUUGGCGCUGGCCUGGAACCGCGUGGACAUCGCGCGUAGUCAGAUCUUUGUCUUCGGGCACCAGUGGCCGCCAUUGGGAAGCCUCACCGCCACGGACGGAUCCGGCCUGGACAAGGAGAAGAAGUCGCCUGUUCCUCAGGUCAAGGCACCCCGGGGGAAAGGAAAAGGGAAAAAGAAAGGCGGGAAGCAGAAAGAAGAACCGGAGGAGGAGCUGGAUCCCAGGAAAAUCGAGCUGCUCAACUGGGUGAACUCCUUGGAGCAGGCGAUGCUGGACGCUCUGGUCCUGGACCGCGUGGACUUUGUGAAGCUCCUGAUCGAGAACGGAGUCAACAUGCAAGUUUUCCUCACCAUCCCUCGGCUCGAAGAGCUCUACAACACGAGGCUGGGCCCGCCAAACACGCUGCACGUGCUCGUCCGGGAUGUGAAGAAGGGGAACCUGCCCCCCGAUUACCACAUCAGCCUCAUCGAUAUCGGCCUCGUCCUGGAAUACCUCAUGGGCGGAGCCUAUCGCUGCAACUACACACGGAAGACUUUCCGGACCCUUUACAACAAUUUGUUUGGACCGAAGAGGCCCAAAGCUCUUAAACUUCUUGGGAUGGAGGACGACGAGCCGCCGAGCAAAGGGAAGAAGAAGAAAAAGAAGAAGAAAGAGGAGGAAGUGGACAUCGACGUGGACGACCCCGAGGUCAGCCGCUUCCAGUACCCCUUCCACGAGCUGAUGGUGUGGGCAGUGCUGAUGAAGCGCCAGAAGAUGGCCCUCUUCCUGUGGCAGCGUGGCGAGGAAACCAUGGCCAAAGCCCUCGUGGCGUGCAAGCUCUACAAAGCCAUGGCCCACGAGUGUUCCGAGAGCGAGCUGGUGGACGACAUCUCGCAAGACCUGGACAACAACUCCAAAGAUUUUGGCCAGUUGGCCGUGGAGCUGCUGGAUCAGUCCUAUAAGCACGACGAGCAGGUGGCCAUGAAACUCCUGACCUACGAACUGAAGAACUGGAGCAACUCCACCUGUCUGAAACUGGCGGUGGCGGCGAAACACAGGGACUUCAUCGCGCACACCUGCAGCCAGAUGUUGCUGACGGACAUGUGGAUGGGCAGGCUGCGCAUGCGCAAAAACCCAGGCCUUAAGGUUAUCAUGGGGAUUCUCCUCCCGCCCACCAUCUUGUUCCUAGAGUUCCGAACCUCCGAUGACUAUUCCUACCAGACAUCCAAGGAAAACGAAGGCGGCAAAGACAGGGAUGAGGAUAAUGCGGAUGGAAAUGUUGAUACCGGUUCCCGAAAAGGUGACGAAGAAGAUGGAGAUAAAAAGCAGAGGAACCUUCCUAUUGGGAAAAAGAUCUAUGAAUUCUACAAUGCCCCGAUCGUCAAGUUCUGGUUCUACACGAUCUCCUACCUGGGCUACUUACUGCUGUUCAACUAUAUCAUCUUGGUGCGGAUGGACCGCUGGCCGUCGGUCCAGGAAUGGGUGGUCAUCUCUUAUAUUGUGACCCUGGCCCUGGAGAAAGUACGAGAGAUUCUGAUGUCAGAACCGGGCAAACUAAGUCAGAAGGUCAAAGUGUGGCUUCAGGAGUACUGGAACAUCACCGACUUGGUGGCGAUCUCCAUGUUCCUGAUCGGGGCGAUGCUCCGUUUGCAAAACCAGCCGUACAUGGGUUACGGGAGGGUCAUGUACUGCGUGGAUAUAAUUUUCUGGUACAUCCGUGUGCUGGACAUCUUCGGCGUGAACAAGUACUUGGGGCCGUACGUCAUGAUGAUUGGGAAGAUGAUGAUCGACAUGUUGUACUUUGUGGUGAUCAUGCUGGUGGUGCUGAUGAGCUUCGGGGUGGCCCGCCAAGCGAUCCUGCACCCCGACGAGGAGCCGUCCUGGCGGCUGGCCAGGAACAUCUUCUACAUGCCUUACUGGAUGAUCUACGGAGAGGUGUUUGCAGACCAGAUAGACCUCUAUGCCAUGGAAAUUAACCCUCCUUGUGGAGAGAACCUGUACGAUGAGGAUGGCAAGCGCCUCCCCCCCUGUAUCCCUGGCGCCUGGCUGACUCCGGCCAUUAUGGCCUGCUACCUCCUGGUCGCCAACAUUCUCCUGGUCAACCUGCUGAUCGCCGUCUUCAACAAUACCUUCUUUGAAGUCAAGUCCAUCUCCAACCAAGUGUGGAAGUUCCAGCGGUAUCAGCUGAUCAUGACCUUCCACGACCGACCGGUGCUGCCUCCUCCCAUGAUCAUCUUCAGCCACCUCUACAUCAUUCUCAUCCGCCUCUGUUGCCGCUGCAAGAAAAGACGGGAAGGGGACCAAGACGAACGCGACCGGGGACUGAAGCUCUUUCUCAAUGACGAAGAGGUGAAAAAGCUGUACGAAUUCGAGGAGCAGUGUGUGGAGGAGUACUUCCGGGAGAAAGAGGAUGAAGAGCAGUCGUCCAACGACGAACGCAUCCGAGUCACUUCUGAAAGAGUCGAAAACAUGUCUAUGAGGUUAGAAGAAGUGAACGAAAGGGAGCAUUUCAUGAAAGCCUCUCUUCAGACGGUUGAUCUUCGCCUCUCUCAGCUGGAAGAGGUCUCCAGCCGGAUGGCGAACGCUCUGGAGAAGUUGGCGGGGAUUGACAAAUCCGAACUGAUCCACACACGCUCGCGGGCCUCCUCCGAAUGCGACGCUGCCUACCUCCUCCGGCAGAGUAGCGUGAACAGCUCCGAGGGCUCCAGCGUGUACAGGUACCACGUCAGUGGCGGCGACGAGGUGGCGUAUGACGACAUGACCGCCCCUAUGUCGCCGGCCUUGGCGCUGCGUAAAGCGGAUUCCAAAAUGCAGCUGGUUCCGGAACGCCAAGGAAGUCUCCGGUCCGCCUCUAGCAGCUCUGCGGAUCACCACAAAAAUACCUUGGACGUCACCCAUACCAUUGCGAGAGCCCGUUCUGGUUUGGGCGUCGGGCAUGAACACUACCGGGGCGAAGAAACUGUACCCCAGGGCCUCAGUCCGGUGGAGAUUGUGAUGAACGGACAACCUGAAACCAGGCCCGCUCUUCAGAAUACCCAUUUAGCUCUGGAAAGGGCCAAAUUAGAAGCCGCCAUCUCCUAUCCCUUGGACAGAACUAUAGCAAUGAGGUACUAUCCUUCAGAAACAUUCAAUGCUAGUCAGGAAACCAUGAUGAAGUCGCGGAGUUACAUAUUUGCACAAGGAGGGAGGAUGGUGGGCGGGGUGAACAGCUGGACGACAGGAUACGGUAGCAUCCUCGACCAGGUGUGCCCGUCUACGAUCGAACAAUGGACCGCGGAGUGGAAAUACGAGUUGCAGCAAAAGCUGGCCAGCGAACCCCCUCCCGAAUAUCCGGGCAUCGUGUCCGAGGCAGAGACGCAGGCCGAACGGAAACCGCUGCUCACCGACACGGAAGACGACAGCGACACGGGUGACGCCACGGCUCUCAGUGCCUCGCGCCCUCCUUCGCCAGCCCCCGCCAAAAGGGCCGACGCGGACCAUCUGCUUUCGGUGGCACCUGACAGGACUUGCGGGUCCCUGCCCGUCCGGUCGAAGAGUUUACACAGCCAUUCCCGAAAGGCCAAGGCUGUGAAGGUCGAUAUCUCGCUGCAUCCUCUUUCCCCAGGCAACCUAGCUAGGCUCCGUUCCCCCUUCAGAAGCGCUUCAUGCUGUUAG